AUGAAGCUAAUUUUAUCACUAAUUCAUUAUUUGUUUUUUUAUUUUUUUUUCAAUUUUAUAAAAUGUGAUAAACUUAGUUUAGAAAAUAAAUUCCAUUUUAAUGAUGUAAAACCACCAUUAAAGGCCAUGGGGCCUAAUUCCAGUGUCUUAUACCCACUAAUUCAGGAUCUUGAGGAAGAAGAAAAAAUAUAUUCAGAAAAUUUAGAUAUAUAUGAUGAGACAAACUUUCCUAACCCUUUUGAGAGUCCGGAGAAAUGUGUGUUAUCUUUAGGAAUAAGUCACACAUGGAUAUGCGAUCCAUCAAAUAUUAUAAAAUUAGAAGAUCAAUUAAAUAUUGAAGCUGCUUUGCUUAAAAUCCGAGAUACUAAUUAUCACAGUUGUUUAUCUAAUGAGAAUUUUUAUUAUCAAGUAGCUGUAGCUAUAGUACCAGAUAUUUUUAUAAGAAAAAAUAAUUCUAUCGAAAAAUCGAUCCAAGAAUUUUCUCAAAAUAUAUUAAGAAAAUGGGGUAUAGGAAAUAAAAAAUGUCAUGACGGUAUUUUGUUUGUUUAUAUAAAACGUCUAGGUUCAUUUAUUGUAUCAAAAAGGGAAGGGGUAGAAGAUAAAUAUAUAAAUGAGACAGAAAUAAAAAAUAUAUUUAUGAAUUCAUAUUUUGCAACAGGAUCUAUUAGCAAAGCGCUAAUUAGUUCACUAAAUUUUAUUAACAAAAAAUUACCCUCAAAACCACAAGAACUGACCAACACGGCAAAAUUGUUUUUAUUAUUAAUUUUCCUUUAUAUAAUAUCCAUUGCUAUUGUAUAUUUAAUCACUGUUGUAUAUAGGAUAAACUAG